CAAAGGCCAAUUCCGGUUCAAGCCCACUAAGGGCUAGGAACUAGACGGGAACCGGCAAUUACCCGGAUCUAGGUGUUAACUUGAGAAGAAGUUUCCAAUGAGAUCGGAUUCCUUCCAAGCUAAGUGGCUUCUAGCCAAGGCCAAUACGCUUUUUCAACUUUAUAGACGAUAAUCACCGUGGGUUUGGCUUAAUUUCAGAGUAGUUUACGAGAGAGGGCUAGCUUAUCGAUUGCAAUAGUAUAUUCAGUAUCAUGGCAAAAGAAAACGUCUCUGAUCUCGAUUUUGUCGAUGAUUUCUACUUCUCUGUGCUCUUCGAUAAUGAAAAGCGCCAGGAAGGCUUUACAGUUUCAGACGCCAAAUGUACAGAAGAUAUGCAAUUCAAGGAGGCUCUAAUGGGUCGUGUGAUCAUUUCUCAGAUGAAGAAGAAUAACCCAACAUCGGAUUUGAUGAUUGAAGCACCCCCAGAGCCAAAUCACCAGGAAGUUGGUCAGUCCUCCCACAGUUUCUGCGAUAUUUGUGUGGAAAGCAAAGAAAGUAACCACAUGUUUACAACUGAUAGAUGCCUUCACUCUUACUGCUCCGAUUGUAUAAGCAAGUAUGUAGCUACAAAGAUUCAGGAAAGCAUUACAGUCAUUACUUGUCCUGGAUUGAAUUGUAAGGCGGUGCUUGAACUGGAAACUUGCAGGGAUAAGCUCAACAAGGGAGUGAUUGAUCUUUGGGAGGAGGCGCUCUGCGAAAAGCUAAUCAGCUGUUCGCAGAGAUUUUACUGCCCAUUUAAGGACUGUUCGGCUAUGUUGGUGAAUGAUAACGAAGGAGAAGACAUUAGGGAAGCUGAGUGCCCCUUCUGCAAUAGAUUGUUUUGUGCUCGAUGUUAUGUACCUUGGCAUUCUGGGGUUGAGUGUGAGGUUUACCAGAGGCUGAAUGAGGACGAGAGAGGCAGACAAGAUCUGAUGGUGAUGGAACUUGCUAGGGAUAAGAAAUGGAGGAGAUGUCCCCAGUGCAAAUUCUUCGUGGAAAAAACAGAAGGUUGUCUCCGUAUACCUUGCAGUUUCCAGUUUUGCUAUGCAUGUGGAUCGGAAUGGACAGAAAGUCAUCAUGGUUGCCAGGAAAACUAGCUUGGCUGGAGUAAGCAUGAGAGUGGUAUGCAUUUACAAUACUUCAGGUAUACAAGAAACUACUAGGAAGUUGCUUCCCAAUGGGGAAAGUUGUUUUCAAUAAAGGAGUAAAGCAGAUGAAGCUACAUCAAUGGACAGAAAAGCAAAAUGCAGUAUAGCUAAUGGCAUGUUUAUAUUGUUAUAUUUAUGUAAGGCUUUUACCUUUCAUAAUGUUUUGAAAGUUUAUGACUCAGAAGUAGUACUGAAACAAUUGAUUUUACAUAUUUAUUUAUUAUAUUUAUUGAUAAAAUUAUUUUUUU